UUCUCUCUUUUUCGUAACCUAUGUGUGUGUAAAUGCACACACUAAAAACAGAGCAUCAAACAAAAUGGCAGCAAACAAAUUUGCAACAAUGGUACAUAACAACACAAACAAGAUCACACUUGUUUUAAUCUAUACUUUCCUUGAAUGGACACUUAUAAUUCUCCUUCUUUUCAACUCAAUCUUUUCAUAUUUCAUCAUCAAAUUUGCCCGGUUUUUCGGGCUAAAACCUCCUUGUUUAUGGUGUGUUCGUCUUGAUCGUUUGUUCGAGCCCGAAUUCAAGAAUUCACAUAGAGAUCUUCUAUGUGAGCUUCAUUCUAAAGAAGUUUCUCAAUUGGGGUUUUGUUUAAAACAUAAAAAGUUAGCAGAAUGUAAUGAUAUGUGUGAGGAUUGCUCAUUCGGGUUUGGUGAAAAGUCGAAAAAUUUAGUGGUUUCGAAGGCUAAAAAAGUUGAUUCAGAACAGAGUGAUGGUGAAGAUGAGAUAUGUUUAAAGUGUUCUUGUUGUGGUGUUGAAUUUGAAAGAAAAAGUUUUGAUGAUUCUAAAUAUUUUGUGAUUAAUCCUUCCUGGGAUUUUCUGGGCUUAUCAAAAAAUGGAAACCCGAUUAUCGAUUUAAUAGGAUCGGGUUUGGAGGAUGAUAAUCUUGGUGAACAACCAGUGGGUCAAAAACAGAGUAACGAAACAGGGGAAACAGAGGAUGAACCAAUUACUGCAGAUUUGAUUCAAUUUGAAAAAAAGGAAGAUGCAAAUUUAGAUACAUAUUCAGAAAAAGCCCAACAGGAUCUUGAAUUCUUCUUGGAUUACAGUGGAAGUCAAUUGGUCCCAAUCGAAUCAAUCGACCCAGAUACCGAAGAAUUUAUUAAAAAAUCAGUGGUUGAUGAUGAUCAAGAAUUUGGGGACUUUCAGAAAGCUCAAGUUAUGUCAGAAUCAGUUAUGGAAACAGUAAUUGAAGAAGUGGUUAAGGAGACCCAAGAAACAGUUUCUGUUCUUCAAAAUGCAGGGGAAUUGGGUUCAGUUGUUGAAAAAACAGAGGAAUUCCCAAAGUUUGUAGAGCUUGAGUCAAUGGAAUUUGAAGAAACAGAGAAUUCUCUUGUUUUUCAUGCAAAUAUAAGUGGUGUUAAAGAGGAAAAACCCAAAAUUUCUGAACCAGCCCGAAUUUCGUUGGAUAGCGAAGAAGUUCAAGAAACACAGGAGACUGAUUCAGAGGCAGAGGUUUCAAUUGGAACAGAAAUUCCGGUUUUGGAUACAAGUGAUGAGAUGAAAGCUCAAGAUAACUUCACUUUGUAUUCUUUAUCAAAUGAAGAGCCUUCAACAAGUUCUCAUGAUCUAGAUUUCAGUCUUGAAUAUGAAGCCCGGAAAGAUGAAAAAACAGGAUUUGAAGAAGCCCGAGAAGAUGAAGAAACAGGGGAAUUAACAAACUUUAAUCAAAUAGAUGAUGAUUCAAUGUUGAUGAUUGAAAGAAAGGAUUCAAUGGCAGAAGAGUCUUUUGAUGGAAGUGAAAUGGAUGGAGGAGAUCCAAUUAACACAAAUGAGAAGCUUAAAAGUGCUUUGAGAGCUGAAAGGAAGUCGUUACAAGCGUUGUAUAUCGAGUUAGAAGAGGAGAGAAAUGCAUCAGCAGUGGCUGCAAGUGAAACAAUGGCAAUGAUAAACCGACUUCAAGAAGAAAAAGCCGCGAUGCAAAUGGAGGCAUUGCAUUAUCAGCGAAUGAUGGAAGAACAAUCGGAAUAUGACCAAGAAGCUUUACAACUUUUAAAUGAUCUUAUGGUAAAGAAAGAAAAAGAAUUGGAAAUGUAUAGAAAGAAAGUGAUGGAUUAUGAGACUAAAGAAAGAAUGCGGUUUUUAUCAAGUAGUGUGAAAAGCGGAACGUGUUCAGCUUCGUGUAGCCAUUCAGAGGAUGGGGAUGGAGUAUGGGUCGAUCUGAAUCAUGACCCUAAAGAAGAAGGAAUGUCUAACGGGGCUCAUGAACGUGAACAUCACGAUACCCCGGUUGACUCUGUACUUGAUCUAGACUCGUCGUUUGUUGACUUUGAGGAUGAAAGGAUGUCGAUUCUUGAACAACUUAAGGUUUUAGAAGAGAAGCUUUUCACUUUGAGCGACGAAGAAGAUCGACAUUUUAGUGACUUAAGGCAAAUAGAAGAUUACUUUGAAGAAAAUGGGAAACAUCUAAACGGGAGUUACAAUUUUGAUAGUCAAGAAGUCAACGGUAUGACAAACGGGUUCCAAAAGGAAGCACACGAGGCAUACUAUCAAGACCGGAGAUCCAUUGGUUCGACAGGCAAAAGACUUCUUCCUCUUUUUGAAGCAGUUGACAACGAGAGCGAUGACGGUGUGAUUACUACAUCAAACGGGCAUGAAACCGGACACCAUUCUAAUAAGAUGGAAAACACGGCAAUCACAUUAUUCGAGUUACAAAAGAAGAGAAUCGACAUUGAAGAGGAAGUUGAUAACCUUUAUGUAAGGUUACAAGCUUUAGAAGCCGAUAGAGAGUUUCUAAAGCAUUGCAUUGGGUCCUUAAAGAAAGGUGACAAAGGAAUGGAUCUUCUUCAAGAAAUCUUGCAACAUCUUCGCGAUCUUAGAAAUGUGGACCUUCGAGCAAAGAAUUUCACCGAUGGAACUCUCAUUUGAUUAUGUUCAAGAUUUUUCGCGGUAAUUAUUUUGUGAGAAUGGGACCUUGGCUUAAAGAAGUUGAAGAAGCGUCCAACAAUUGGAAGCGAGUGGUGGUCAUAUUGAGAACGCUAAGCUGCCAAACUUUUGUUCUUUUCUUGGUUUGAUUUUUUUCCUUUUCAUAUUUUUUCUCUUCUUGUCAAAGUAACAUACUUUUAAAGCUAUGGCAGAUGAAUUCAGAAUAAUACACACUUAUGACUACAACAAGUAAAUGUUACUAAAGCCUUAUUAUUCUGAAUUUAAUCAUUCUGUUAUAUUUUUAAAAAAAUAUUUUCAAUACCCCAUUUUUUCAUGUGGGUUAGGUAUAAUUUCAUCUCAACUUUUUGAUGGGGAAAGUUGGAUGAUAAAUUCUUGUGUUUGUCUAUUUGUAGAGAGUUAGGUGUAGGGUUUAUUUCAAGUGAUUUUUUUGAUAGUUUUCAUGAAUUUGUUUUGGAGUACCGAGAAAGGGAAGGGGGCCUAUUCUUGAUCACUUCAAGUGUACUUUGUAAGUAUGUAAAAUGAGUAUUUUUGUUUAGAGUUAAUCAAACAUUAUAUGUGUGUAAUAAUUUAUCUUAUUUAUUUAUUUUUUAUGUUUA